AUGAAGCUAUGUAUUUGGCAUGUAAUUGUCGUCUCAUAUGCUAUAGUUUAUGUUACGUCAAUUCCAUGGUAUCUUUUUCUUCACCAAUUUAAAGAUAAAGUAUCAGAUAAUUCAUUCAUAGCAUUUAUAAACCAAAAUCUUAUAGUAAGAUGUGGAUACCUUUUAUUCACCGUAGCAUACUUCAGCGAAGCCUUAACGUACAGUGAUUGUGAGUUAAUGAUUUCUCGUUCAAGAGCAUUGAAGAUUUUAAGAAGUUACAGCUUAUACACCUCAUGUACGGUGAUUCUACUUGGAUGGUUUUUCGGACCGCUGAUCUAUGAAAGAGUUAACACAUUAACAGGGGGAUAUUGCAAUACGAAAUCACAAGAUUCUGGAGUCGCAGGCCAAUUCCAGUGUACAAGAAUCCCAGGAGCCAAAUGGAUAGAUGGUUUCGAUGUUUCUGGACAUAUUUACAUAUUACUGACAAUGUCCUUAUUAUUAUGGGAAAGAUUUCUCGAAAACUUGAAUGUACGCCACUUUUCCCAGCUGUAUGAAGGUUAUGCAGCUCUAAGAACAUAUUUUUCUAAAUUUGAUUGGGAAGAUGAUCCUUCGAUCACACCAGAAGAACCAGAAUACAGCAUACAAACAGAAUACUCUCACCUUAUUCGCUUACUAUUUUUUGCAUUAACGGUAUCAUUGCUUAGUAUUUGGUCCAUGAUGUACAUAGUUACUUGUGUAUUUUUUCACACACUAUCUGAAAAGCUUGUCCUGCUUAUAGUGGGAAUUGCAAUUUCUCUAGCCAUAACAUCAUUGAAUUAA